CGCCAACAAAAUAGUGUCUGGCCAAAUCACAACAAACAGUGGCAGGAGAGGCGGCGCCGCUGACCCAUUUGACGGUUUUCUGGCCUCCGUGGCGCCCCAAUGGCUACCUUGCUAGGCCUACAGCGCCUCCAUACUCCCACCAUGACCCCAGCAGACACAAGUCUGCCAUAGAGAACCGCUCCCCAUGUUGUGGAUGCCGCCAUACUGCAGACCAUGGACGACUUUUCUCAGCUUCACCUCACUUCCCCACCCUCCAGCCUCUCGGACGGCUUGUUAGCACCCAGAGUGUCUACCCCCCCUGUCCCACGCCCUCGUAAAUCUUCGUCACUAUCCCUCAGCUCCACUCCCAAACACCCGCCCACUGCCCGCCACCUGCCUGCCACGCCUCACGCCAAUGGUCAUGAACACCACCACAACAAGAGCAGUCGUGGUCAUCAUGGCAUGCAGCGUGCUCCGUCGCUGGACUCGGCAACCCACCGGGAUAUUCCGCUCUCACCCAUAACUCGAUUACGAAAUACACACAGUGACAGUGAAACAGAAGACGACAGUCCGCCUUCGCACCGCAGGAGUUCGUCCCGCCUCAGUAAUGGCCCUCAUCAUGGAAAACACUACAAGAAACCCCAGCAGCAUUCCUAUAGCCUUCCUGCUACCCCCAGAGUCAAUGGAAGCUCUCAUCAGUCGGGUCUCAAUGGAAGUAUUCCUCUUGGCACCUCUCCAUCACAUAGUGCCCUCCCAUACCUUCUGGCAUCACAGCUUUUUGAUCAGACCAACACAGAAAACAUAUCGCCUAAUAACAGCCACUACAUUACCUGCCAAGCUGGCAUUAGCAACCUUGAGAACUCUGUGUUCCUGAGACAACAAGACUGUAAACUUACAGGUGCCAUAGAUUACAGCAGCCUUCCCCUCCCUCGUGAGGACCAUGAACCAGUACGUAAACAUCAGGAUAUGAGCAGACACAUGAGUGAGCCAUGUAUAACACAAGCCCAAAGCUGUCUGGGCAGCAGUCAUGCAUACUCUCCCAAGAAAAGAGGAGUAAAACACAGGCCCAGGGUCAGUCUGUCUGGUAAAGAGAGUGGCUUUAUGGACAAUAUUAAAGAAAGUGGGCAGAGUGAAGGCGAGACUGAAGAAAUCAAUGCUUUAGAAGUGCAGUGGAGAUUUAUUCAGACACUUGUGGCAGAGCUAAAUGCAACAAAGGCUAAUAACAGAAAGCUGAUGGCAGAAUUGCACCAAGCCAAAAUGGAUGUUCAAGUUCUAAAAGCCUCGAUUGACUCCUACACUGAGAAUGGUCUUCAGCCUGGAGCAAUAGCAGAGAUGGUUGGUCAGAUCCAUGCGGCUCAGAAAGUACGAGAUGAGGCCAUGAUGGCGAGAAUUAAACUUGCCAACGAGGAGCGAGAUGCAGCUCUCACUCACAGCAGAGUGAUGAUGGAGAGGCUGAGUCUCUCGCCUCGGGGAGCUGGUGCACCCACCACCAAUGUUGAUGCUGCAGAACAAGAUCUGCCAUCUGGUGGCAAUAGUAGCUGCACCAGUUCCCCGAGAUGGAGUGACAGACGCCAUCGUAGGUCUCAUGAUUAUACGCCGUCAUCAGUUUCUUCAGGUGCUGCAUAUACAUCAGCACCUUCAGCCUACACACAGGGAUUGGAGCAGCGGUCCCUCGGCGACCGGGAGUCUGCUACACUUGCUCAGCUGGCCACCCUGGAGGAUGAACUACGCACACUCCGCCUGGCCACAGCCAUCCACCACACACUGCAUGAGGGAGGUGAAGGCGGUGCGGCUGGAAUAGCUCAAGGUGUUGGUCGUGUCUCAGCUGAGUACAUGGAGGGCCUUUGCACACAAUUACGAGAAAGUGAAGUUUCGAGGUGGCAGCUGCAUGACCAGUGCACACGCUUGGAGCGCCUUGUAAAUGUUCUUCGCAAGAAAGUGAAUGGUCUAAGUGCUAUAGAGCCAAAUACACGACAGGAUGGCACAAAGCUGACAUUGGUUGACCUCACUGUUCAUGGUCCACCUACUGAAGGAUCUCCUAACUCAGGACAGCGCAAUCCUGCUGCAUCAACCUCCUCAGAAGGGGAGCCAAAGGAUAGUCUGUCAUCCCUAGAGUCUGUGGAGACUGCUUCAGCUUCAUCAUGGAGGAGAGGAGACGUGCCCAAUACCUCAAAUCAUUCUUCAACAAACUUGCAUUCGAGUUAUGUGUUGCAUCACACCACCAGUCCUCUAUCCACCCUCAAUCCCAGCCAUAACAAUCAUGCCAAUCUCAUUCAUUCCACAACAGUGCAAGCCAGUCCAGUUCAGGUUAUCCCUGUUCAUUCAAAUCAAUCUAGCCUAUCUACAUCCUCAGGUCACACACCUAGUGCCUCCCCGCAUCAUCACCGACAACAGGGAACAAGUGAGAGAGAUUCCAGGCAUAUUCCUGGAGUAACCAUCGUUGGGCCUAUUACUGAACUUUGACUAUCAAGUGAAAAUUUUAUCUAAUGUUAACAAUGUCUGUUGAAACACCUUCAUUUUAAGUACAGUACGAGAGUAUGAAUAAUAAUAAUGUUCGAUUUUCAACGCAACACUCUUAUUUAAUGAUGACACUUUCUUGUGAGGAAUUUACUCCAGUUUUUUAUUUUUGGGUAGUAAAAUGUUAGAAUGUUUGCGUAGAGUAUAUUAUGUUCUCGCAUAACUAUCAGCAGAACUCUCCGUCCUCUUGUACUUAUGUGUGUGUGAUACACAGUACAUGCCUUGCAAUUGUUAAAGUUGUUGGUUUCCUAAUGCGGUGCUUUGUGACCCUGUAUGGAGGUCUCUGUUGUAGCGUUCUUCUCAAGAGAGUGAUCAAAAACCCUAAAGCAAGUGUCACGUUUGAACAAACCUGGCUCGGCCAAUGUUGCCACCUAAUGCAUGGCAGUGACCCCUAACCUCAUCCCUCCCCCCCACACACACACACACACACACACUCAAACACACUUGAGCCAGUACACAACAAGGAAAGAUCUAGUCUUAAUCUCAAUCCCAUGAAUUUUUAUCAAUAUUUUAGUAAUUUCGUUAGCUAGUUAAUUAUUAAUUCACAAAUGGCUAUGAUAUAAGGUAUUAAAAAUAAUAGUUCAAAAUACCCUAUAUUGUUUGCAGUUUACACACCACAUGAGUAAAUGAAAUUUCUCAAAUAUUAUGUAGGUAUUUUUUAACCAGUUUUAUUUAGUGUAUGGUAAUAACUUGGUCUUAUAGCAAGAGUAAACCUAUAAUCAGCAUCAUGAAUAUUCAGCUUAAAGAAUUCUUUAAUAUUUCUGGUAAUUCAUAAUUAUUAGUAUGGUCCAGAUUAGAUAGGUUAGGCUAUCCUCAUGUUGCAUCUACAGUCUCUCCUGUUGCAUCUAUAACUUUUCAUAUUGGAUUUACAACCUCUCAUGUUGCAUAUCCAGCCUAUCUUUUUGCAUCUGCAACCACUAAUAUGCAUCUACGGCAAUUCAUGGUGCAUCAAGAGCCUUACAUGUUACAUCUACAACCUCUCAUAUUGAAUCUACAACUGCUUGUGUUAUACCUACAACCUCUAGUACACAUCUGUAGCCAUGUGUUAAUUACAGCCACUGUGUUGCAUCUACAGCCUCUAAUAUGCAUCUACUGCCACUUGUAGAUACUUUUGAUAUCGUUCGCCUUAUGCAUUUUUGUUCUCGUAUUGGCAUUCUUGGUGAUAUUUAGCGCCCUCUGAUUAUUUCGCACUUUGAUGGUGCUACAUAGCCUUCCCGGUUUGGUGCCUUCUUUUGAUAAUUACCUUACCUUACUGCCACUUGUAUUGCACCUAGUCUCUUAGUAUGCAUCCACAGUCUUAGUAUGCAGACACAGUGUUGCAUCUACAGCCUCGAUUAUUGCAGCCAGAGCCUUUUGUGCACAUUAUAUCCUCUAAAGUUGCAUCUACAGCCUCUUGUGUGGCAUCGUCAGCCUCUAGUAGAUGCCAAACUAGAGGUUGCCACACCUUAAGGUUGCUUCUACACCACUCAUGAUCCAUCUACAGCCUCUCAUAUUGCAUCUAUAGUGUCACGUGUUGUAUCUAUUGCCUCUUGUGUGGCAUCUACAGCCUCUUGUGUGGCAUCUACAGCCUCUUGUGUGGCAUCUACAGCCUUUUGUGUGGCAUCUACAGCCUCUCAUAUGGCAUCUAUAGUGUCUCGUGUUGUAUCUACUACCUCCCGUGUAGUAUCUACAGCCUUUUGUGUGGCAUUUGAAUUCCGUUGUAAGAUCUACUCUCUUGUGUUGUCUCUACAGCCUUUUAAGCAAGACAAGGGUAUAUGUUUAAUUAGACCACUGAGUCUUAACUGCAGUGAUGGUUUGUACAUUGAGGUAAGGAGUAGCGGGAAUGAUAAACAUGCAGUGUGCAUGAGCCGGGGUUAUUUUGUGGUGCGUAUGCUGGAAAGUACUUUCAGUGGAUUGAUAGAGAAGCACUUGAGUUGUAUGCCUAUAUAAAACAUGUUUCUAAAGUGAAGGCAGCAUAUCAACUUUUAAAAUUCUUUGAUUUAUAAGUAUGGUACAUAAACUUUUAUUAGAUUUUUGUGUACCACUUAUAAUGUAUUUGUUUAGAUCAUUUACUUGACUGUUUUGUCCUAGAGUCUUAGAUUAACUCGUGAAAUUUUGAAUUAGUUUUAUUUAACUGUAGAUAAAUACAUCAUGUUAUGAUACAUAAUAAGUAUUCUGUUCUGAAUAUUAAUCCUCAAAGUUCAGUUAUCAUAUUGAUUUAUGGGGCAAUAUGGCAAUCAUUAUAGAUUGAUUUAUACUUCUAUUGUCUAGGUUUUACAUUAAUGAUGCUAAUAUGGAUAUAAUGGCUCUCUAUGGGUGUAGUGAAGUUUACCUUGACCCCAUGAAAACUCCUGCUAUCGUUUCGUGAUUGCGUGCUUUGCAAAAGCAGUUAUUGUGGCAAAUAUUUCUUUGCCAAUGUGGUAAUUAUCGUGGUAUAAAAUUCCAUUAUAGUUACAAUAAAUGUAUACUGAUUUAUGUUCAUAUGGUUUUCAGAACUCUAUAUGGUAGUAAUGAAGUAUACCAAGUCAACCAAUCAUUAUUUGAAAAUAAGAAUAAAGGAACAACAGAAGGGCUAUUGACCCAUACUCGGCUUUUAACCCAUGCUCCUCUUUUCAUCAGGGAUUAAAGAGAAGUUGUUUCGUAUGGACCAAUAGGCCCUCUGCAAUUUCCUUAGUUCAUAUUGAUACAUAUAUUUAUUCAUUCAUUGAUUCAUUUACUCAUUGAUAUAUACAUUGAUACAUUCAUUUAUUUGAUAGAUAAAUUCAUACAUUCUUUCAUUCCUAAGUAUUGAAUCAUUCAUCAUUUAUUGACACAUACAUUCAUUGAUAUAUUCAUACAUAUGAUCAUCUAAACAUCUGAGGUUAACAUUGAGAGUGUAAUUACCUAAGUGUAGAUGAUGAGUCACAAUAACAUGGCUGAAGAUAUGAUGACUCAACCACACAUCAGAAAGUGAAGAAAUGAUGUUUCGCUCCGUCCUGGACCGUUAUCAAGGCUUGUAAAAAUGAAACGACGAUCGAAAUGUCGUCACUUAUUCACUUUCUGAUGUGUGGUUUGGGCAUCUUACCUAAGUGUAAUAACAGGAUGAGAGCUAUGCUCAUGGUGUACCAUCUUACCGGUAGUUUUUGUCACGUGAUGCUUUGAUGCUACUGAUGGUUUUGGCCUCCCACCACCACUUGGUCCAACCGUCUGUCACUCUGUUUGCAAAAGGGAAUUUUCUAAAAAAAAAAAAAAAAAAAAAUCUGGGCAGCUUUGUUUUCUUAGUUUGAAUCUAUGACCACUUGUUCUUGAAGUUGCAAUUUUCAAGAAUUCUUCUUCGUCAAUUUUGUCAAUUUCUGUUAUUUUGUACGUAGUGAUCAUAUCACUUCUUUUUCUUCUAUCUUCUAGCUUUGGUAUAUUUAGCACCUCUUGCUUUUCCUUGUAGCUCUUAUUUCUCAGUUCUGGAAGACAUUUAGUUGCAUGUCUUGCAUUUUUCCUGUUUAUUGAUGGGCUUCUUGAGAUAUCAGGACCAUACACCUGCUGCUUAUUCCAAUUUUAGUUUCACAAAGGUUGUGAACAAUUUCUUUAAUAUUUUGCCAUCUAUGUAUUUAAAAGCAAUUUUGAAUUUGGAAAACAUAGUAUAGGUUCCUUGCACAAUGUUUAUGUGGUCCUCAAGUGACAGUUGUCUCUCCAGAACCUCCUCUAGCUCUCUCUUGUUUAUUGGAGUUAAAGCCUUUUCACGUAAUUUGUAGGUUGUGUGUCCUAUUUUAUUCCAUAUUCCAUAACAUGGCAUUCAUUCACAUUAAAUUCUAUUUGCCAAGUGUUGCUCCAUACUUAUUUUGUCCAGGUCUUCUUGAAGGCCACAAGAAUUGUCAAAGCGUCUUAUCUCCCCUAGUAGCUUGGCAUCAUCAGCAAACAUAUUCAUUUAAUUCUGUUUUCCUUCUGGUAGAUCAUUUAUAUAGACAAUGAACAUUACUGGUGCUAGAACUGAACCCUGUGGUACACCACUAGUAACAUUUCUGGCAUGGGUAGUGUGUGUGUGUUGCUGACAGCGAGCUCUGGCAUUGAUUUUGUAGGUGGUAAUCAUGUCUCUCCUAACUCUUCUGUCUUCCAAUGAUGUGAGAUAUAAUUUUAGUAGCUUUUCCUUAUAACUCAUACCUCUCGGCUCCAGGAAUAGCUUGGUGUUGUACCUCUGAAAUUUUUCUUUGUCUGGUUUUUGACUAGGAAUGGACUCCAUACUUGAGCUGCAUAAUCCAGAAUUGGUACAAGGCUCUGAAUGGUACAUGGUACAUACAUGGUACAAGGCUCUGAAUGAUUCCUUGCACAAGUUCUAAAAGCAGUUCUUAUGUUGGCCAACCAAGUAUAUGCUACUGAUAAUAUCCUUUUGAUGUGGGGUGUCAGGGAACAGGUUCAGUGUGAUAACAAUCCUCAGAUCUUUCUACCUGAUUCUUGAAGGAUUUCAUCCUCCAAUUGGUACCUUGUGUCCAGCCUCCUGCUACCUACCACAAUUUUCAUUAUUUUUCACUUAAUUGAGUUAACCUCUAGUAGCCAUUUGUUGGUAUAUGAUGGUAGAAUGCUUUCAGGAUGAGGCCAGUGGCUGUAAAAUUUAGGUUCUGUAGGGAGGAUUGGAAUUCUGGGAGCUUGGGAAGGUUGACCAUAUGUACACAUGUGUACAUCUUCUCUUAAGCAUUGCCAAGGUGAAAAUUUUGUGCAGUGAAGGUCUUAUGAUAAUGGAGGUUAUGCAUAGUGAAGUUCUUACAUAGAUGAACAUAUGUAGUGAAGAUGUAUACUGAUUUUAAUCAUGUGUGGGCGAGAUGUACAAUGAUGGUUAUUCUCUGUGUAGGCAAGAUGAUUGAUGAAGAUUAAUCCACCCAAGAGGUGACACGGGCAUGAAUAGCCUAUUAUGUAGAAAAGACAUAAACUGAAUGAAAUCAUUUUUGAAGUGAAGCUGCAGGCAAGGUAUAUAUCACUGUUUUUUAUAAUUAAUUCCCCUUCCUGUUCUUUACUUCUGCUAGUAAGUAAAAAGAGAUGAUGAGGACAGUGUAAAAAUAUGGAGUAGAACAUUUAGAUUGAUUGGGCACAUAUAGAAUUGGUGCUUACAGAUUAAUGACAGGAAUGUACUGAAGUAGAGCAGUGGUGGGCAACCGUAUGAGACAGGCUAAGGUGGAGGAAUAGGGUGAGAGGACAUUGCCAUUAGCUGUCAAUGUGGAAAAAAUGUAAAUGAUUAUUUUGUUAUUGUUGAGAGAAUACUACAAUUGCCAGACUUUUGGAUUAUGGGAAAUGGUGUAUAUCAUACAGAAUAGUAGUAAGGCAAUAUAAUGCUGAAGAUACUUAUGCAUUAUGUGGUAUAAGUAAAUACCGUAUAUACAAAUAACAGCCUCAGCACCUCCUGACAAAAUGAUGUUUUAAUGAAAGUUGGGUGUAUGUUGAGGAGAUCUAUACCUUCAUAAGCCAAAUGUGUAGUCUCUUGGAGAGGCCGGCCACAUUACGAUAUAUACAUGUGAAUUUUCCCAGUUGUUGGUUAAUGCUUUAAUGUGAAUCUCAUAAUGUGUGUGUAAUAAUGUACUUCAGUAAUAAAUGACUUGAUUUCUUAACAAAACUGGGUUGAUUCCAUGUGGGAGGGUUUAGGGUAGGGUGACGACACCAUCGCUUAAUGUUUCUCACUCUGUGCUCACUUGUCUAUUUGUUCCUUGCAGUCAAGUGGUGACUGAUCAACUAUAUCACCUACUAAUGUAAAAUACAAUAGAUGCAGGUCCUCACAAUGAAAGCAGUUUGCUAAAUGUUAUCUAUAGUUGUUAUAAUGACCUAAUAGGCUUCAGGGCACUCAUAAUGGUUCUAGCAGUUUUGAGGGCUCUUCACUGACUAGUACUAGCAAUUACUGUUUUUUAUGUGCGCUAUUACCUACUGUCUUAGUUUGUCCCCCUGACUGCUAUCUGCGCUGUCUUAGUAUUUUCUGGGAUGGUUAUCUGUUCAGUAUAGAUUAUUCUGCUAACUGGACUGAUAAGUAAUUGUACUGUAAAUUGCUGUGAAGAUAUGCUGUAGAUGGGAGUAUAAACACUGAACAUGUAGCCACUUUGCACUAGCAUUGUAAUAUAACAAAUUAUUAAAUAAGACAGUAUAAUUUAUGCACUAGAGUACAAGUUGCAGCCACUAUAGUUUCUAUGCUGAUUGCAACUUACGGCUACUAUAGUUUCUAAGUUGAUUGGUAUUUCCAUUAAAUUAGUUUGUUUAUAUUCAUUGCAAUUAAAAUUGCAGACUCAUCACAGUUUUAACAUUCUAAAUUGUUUGUCACAGUUGUGUGAAAAAGUCAAGAAAUAUAUUGUUGUUGAGGCCAACAACAGGGUUAGUUUUGUUGACACAAAAAAGUGGCUUAGCCAGGUGACUGAUGUUGAGUGACAUAUCACAUUAUGAUAGAAAUGUGUCUGUAGUUUCUUGCUAGAAAAGUAUAAAAACAUAUUAUUUAACUUGAUGUGUUCAGUUCAUUAUGAUAUAAUUUUGAAUUUUUUGUUUAAGGAUAUUUAUCCUUUGUCAAUAUGCAUGUUCCCAAGUAUAUUUUACAUAAUAUUAGGUUGAAUGUUAUCAUAUGUAAUGAAUAUUUUGUUUAUUAUUUACUUGUAACAUCUGUUAGGUGGUGUUUAAAUAUUGUGUAUAUCUUGGAAGAAAACCUGAGUAGUGUGUCCAGGACUUAGCUGACCAGCUGUGUAUGUGAAGCUGGGACAACAUCUUUAGUUUGUGUAAUAAGAACACACGUGUUACAUUUGUGGUCAACACUGGCACUGCCUCGUGGUCAACACUGGCACUGCCUCGUGGUCAACACUGGCACUGCCUCGUGGUCAACACUGGCACUGCCUCG